AUGGCGGUUAGCAGUAAAGUCCAAGAUAGUAGCAGGGCUCAAGUGGCACCAAAAUCUAAAGUACUUGCGCAUGGAACAAAAUCUCAGAGUACACAGAUACCAGAAGAGAAAUCCAAGGUAAAUGAUUGUUUCAGUAGCGUUAUCAAGCCUCUCAAUCAAAGGGCUGGCACUUUAGACCCAGAAUUGGUUGAGGCCGAGGCUGAACCUAAAAUCAUAAAGGUUAAGCAAGGUGACGGUGGAGAUUUCACUACCAUAAUGAAAGCCAUCAAAAGCGUUCCUGCCGGGAACAACAAACGCAUUAUAAUAUCUAUCGGACCCGGGUCUUACCAAGAGAAAAUCACGAUCCCUCUAGACAAGCCUUACGUUACACUGAUGGGAGACCCCAAAAACAUGCCCAAUUUGACAUUUGAUGCCACCGCCAAGGACUACGGAACUGUAGACAACGGCACUCUCACUACCUUGUCUAAUUACUUUGUGGGUGCUUAUCUCAACAUAAUAAACAAUGCUCCGAAGCCUGACGGGAAAAGGGAAGGAGCACAAGCGGUUGCCUUGAGAGUAUCCGGUGACAGAUCGGCAUUUUAUGGCUGCAUCAUAUUCGGUUUUCAGGAUACAGUCCGAGAAACUGUUUACUAUGGAGAAUACAAGUGCACUGGGGUAGGCGCAUCUUCCAGUGGGCGGGAGCCAUUCACCAAGCAGCUAACCGAAAAGGAAGCCGAACCAUUCCUGUUGCUUGACUACGUUGCUGCCACCAAAUGGCUGCUCCCUCCUCCGAUAAUCUGA